GCGAGCGUCGACGAUUGUCUCGAGGACAUCGCGGUUGUCGAUGCGGCCGCUGCGCAGGAUGAAACUGGCGGCGCUCCGGCGCUGUCUGGCGCAGAACGCUAUCUCGCGGGGUUGCGCGCAUCCUUGCCGACGACGCGGGCGGCCUUUCCGCGGGAGGAGGCGCGCCCUCAUCCUGUCUUCGGCGGCCGGUGUGCCGCGCGUCACGCCGUCUGGGGAGAACCAGUUCUCGGUUCAGAUGGUUCCGCGAAGCUCUAUCGCGCAGGCGUCCGAGAACUGGCGAUGCGGAGUUUGCCAGUCGAGUUUGCUGAUGUGGAAGGCAGGGUUCCAGUUUUUAUCCGCGCCACGUUGCAGAAUCGGUUUCGCGCGGCGUGUGAUGAUGCUGUGGAAGUCGACAAUGGCGAUCGGGAGGGCGAGUAUUUUCGAGAGCACUUGCCGCCGGCUGUCCGGGGAGAUGCCCUGGCCUAUGCCUGGCAGACGAAGAGCGCGAAUGAGGCUGCGCUCGCUGCCGAGGCCGCCUUCGAAUGCUUCGCCGAUUUUUUCACGGAGGCGAACGAGCGGGGUUUCGCGCGACCACUAGCGCAGAUUUUGGAUUACAUCAAGUCCAGGGACGACGUGGGCAUCCUGAGCAUAUCGCCCGACGACGCCUGCUGCGCCGUCCUGGGAGGGGACAAAUGCGAUUUCCAGAUCCUCCACCGUGCUUCUGGCAGGCCUGGACUGACGAAGCACGCUGCCCUCUUCCAGAAAGACAAGGGCCAGGCAGACCGUCAUGGUGCGCUGCGCGAGGGCGGGCAUUGGUUGUCGGUCAUGGAACGAGAAUGGGCGGAUUACACGCUGGAGCGAGAAGUCGCCGACUUGACGCACUGCCCCGAGGAGCAUGCCGCGGAGAUGACUCGGGCGCUCGAGGACGGUUGCGAGGCGGAGGUGAUGGCGCUGCUGAGUUUGCCCAGUAGAGACGGGUGCACGACGCGAGACGGGCAGCUGGAACGGAUCAGAAGAGCGCGCGAGGCUCUGGCUCGCGCUUUGCAAGGGGCGGAUCAGAUGACUAGAAACUAUGGUGGAAUCGAUGAGGCGCUGCUAUGCCGGGCGAAAGGCAAGGUGAAGCAGGGCGUCCUUCGCUUUGUGAAAUCGACGACUGCGCGAGCUGGCGCUGAUCCCGCGCAGCCGUCCGCCACUGGUUUAAGUCGCUUGGGCGCCCGGGAGACCGGGCGCGCGGGCCAGGAAAACGGCGCGCCUGCCUCGGGCCAGGGCGACGGCGUUUCGGGCGCCGACGGUGGGCGCCGCGCUGGGGGCGCAGAGGACGACAAUGAAGCGCAGUGUGAGAUGCUUUACUCCACGCAGCGCUCGUCGCCCUCGGAGUCCGACGACGGCAGGCCCUGCGAGGGCCCCACUUCUGAGGGCGAGGACUCUGGCGACGGCGGCGAGUCGGGCAUCGCGAAGGACGUUCACAUGGGCAAACACGGCGAUGACGACAUCCAGGGGGGCGAGGAGGAGGAGGGCGUCGACGAUUUCAGCGACGUCAGCGACGACUCGGACUUGUUCCACAUCGAAGCAAUGGACGUCGGGGCACCACGCGCUGACGAGGACAAAGACGAGGUCGAGAUGGCGCUCGUCCCCGAGGCCUGGCCCGUGCCAGAUGACAAUCGCAGGCGGCAGCUGGCGCAGGUUGUCGAGGCCGUUCACGGCGACAACAUCAAUGGCUACACGUGCCUGUGCUGCGCCCGCGCCAAUCCGUUCCUGAAUGCCAAUCACUUCUACGAGGAUAACUGCGAAUGGCAGCGGGUACUGAUGCUGCGGGACGGAGCUACGACGCCCAUCCUGCGCUGUCCCGAGGAUGUUGCGCUGGGGCCUACAGGCAGGCGCGCGACGCACGUGCUCUGCCGCAACUGCCAGGUGGCAGGGGUUGGCAUGAAGAAGCACCUGGAGCAGGUCUCGGCGCGGCCUCGCGUCUUGGCGCGCCUCCUGGGCCACCUCGUCGGCCGGGGCCAUCUUGCGUUCCACGGCAGAGGGUCAGCCGCGGAGCUGCAGGAGAGGAUGGGGGCGGUGAUCGGCGGCGAGCACCCUGAGACGGAGCUCAAGAAGCCCGAAGACGAACACAGCGGCGCCAAGUCUGCGAGCGAUCCCGCCACGCAGAGCGAAGAGGGCGUGACGGGCUCGACGGUGGAGAUCCCCAGCUGGCUGCUCCUGCUGGCGUUGGGCGGCGGAGGGGCGGGGCUUGCCUGGGGCGCCUGGUCGCUCUUCGAGACGGUCGCUCACCCCGCGCCAGGAUCGAGGGGGCUGGUCACGUUUUCGAGCGACCCCGGGUGGGCCCACGAGAGGCUCUUCUUGUGGCCUGUCCCGCCCGACGCCGACGGCGGCCACUGGGCCAGCUUCGUCUAUACUCCGGAUGGCGAGUUCUACGUGGAGCAGGAGACCGACUACAGCAGCUCGGCCCUGCUGACAGGGCGGAAGGGCUGCCAGGCGGGCGUCCCGCAGGUGGUGGCCUUCAGCCGGGCGCUGGAGCCGGCAGUCGCGAUGACGGGAAGCGAGGGCCCUGACCCCAGCGUGCCCGACGCGGUGAACUGCAGGGGGGGUCGGCUGGACCUCCCGGCCUACUCCCCAGCGCAGGCGCCGCGCCUCAGUGCCUCGGGCCGACGGCUCCGGGGUAAGCAGGCCAUGCCCCUGCCCGUCGGCGACGUCGAGGGCUCGGGGGCCGCGCUUGUGCCAGCGUCGGAGCCGGGCGGUGACGCCCCCACGCCCCUGUCAGAGGCGGCCGACGGGUAUGGCUGGCUGUGCAGCGACCUAGCCUGCUGGGACGGGGCCUUCGCCUUCGGCGCCGAGUUGCGUCCCGGCCAGCCGCCGUAUGUCGGGCUGCGUGGGCGCGGCGAAUACGGCAUCGCCACCGACCGCAGCGAGGGCCAUCACCCCGUGGAGCUCGUCGAGCUCGGUCGCGUGGCGGAGUGGCGCGAGGCCAAGCUGCUGGGGGCCUCCCGGCUCCGUGGCGGUGGCGAGCCGCUCGAGAAGAGGCUGUUCGACGACGGGCCACCUCGGCCGCCCGCGCUGGUGCCCUCCACGGCCCGUGCCGAGGCGGUCGAGGUCGACGACCUCCGCGCGUGCUGCAUCGACUACGACGACGCGGGGGUCAGAUGCAGGGAGCGGAAGAAGGUGCUGCAGGAGGCCACUCAGGAGAGCGCCCAGACUGCUGGGCUCAGAGGGCCCCCAGCGCGCCUCCCCGUCUGCAGGAAGUUCCACAAGCACGGCGGGACGCCCAAGGCCUGGUUCGCCGAGCGGGCUCGCGAGGUCGGCAUCUCGCGCAAGGGCCGGGCCUGGCAUGAAGUCGAGUGCCUCAUCGAGUGUCUCUGGCUGGCCGGCAGCUACGACCAUCUGAACGCGGGGGCCGUCGCGGCCCUGGAGGUGGUCGCCCGUCGGCUGCUGCAGCGCGUGGGGGCCUACGCGAAGGGCGCGGGCAAUCCCAAUUGGAGCGCGGAGAUGCGCAUGCGCGCCGCGCGCCAGGCAGAGGACGAGCUGGAGCUGGAGCGCGCGGCCGCCGGCCACAUGGCGCUGGACGCCCAGGGCGACGAUGGCCCGACCGUCGCCCGCGAACCCCGCAGGGCUCGCGCCUUCCUGCCUCUCCCUCCCCCGAGUGUCGCGGGCAUCCCCGCGGCCGCCACGGGCGGGAAGCGCGGGCGGCUGCUGCGAGACAUCAACGCGAUGUCGGCGUCCACCGAGAAGAAGAUUUUAGGCCUACAAGCUGAUGUGCGGCAGCGCGUCGUGGAGGCGGCCUCCCGCUGGUGCGGCGUUGACAGCGCCGUCGGCGAACGUGGGGCCUUGGCCAGGCUCUUGAAGGGGCGCUCGGGGCAUCAGCCGGCGCCUUCAUGCAGUGUCGGGUCCUACGAGUAUUCGAAGGUAUCUAUGCCGAAUGACUUGCAUGACUCGCCGUCACUCAUCUCGAUGUUGCCUUCGGAGGCGAGGAAGCACCUCGAGGAUUUUGAGAAGCUUAUGCUCCGGCCCGCGCAGGAGUCGGAAUUGAUUCAACCGCAUGAAGGGGUGCCGGGCUGUCAUACCGACCCGGCGCUGCAGAAGGAUCCUCGCACCUACGGCCGCCUUGUGCGGAGGGUAGCGAAAGUCGGCAUGGUGACCUUCACUCGAGACCCGGUCUGCGUCCUGGGCGUCUUUUUCGUCACCAAGAAGGCCGACAAGCUCAGGCUGAUCGUCGACUGCCGGCGAGCCAACCAGCUGUUCCAGAAGCCUCCAGGCGUCGCCCUCCUGAGCGGCGAGGGGUUGUCCAGGGUGGAGAUCGAAGACCCCGAGGGCCUCCUGGAGGGCCUGCCGGUCCACCUCGGCGUCGGGGACGUCGCGGACUGCCUCCGCAGGAUGAGGUCGGUGAAGACGGCGGGGGGCGACAUUCGGCGUUGCUUUUGCUGGCCGCCCCUCGCGCCCGAGCGCGCCGGCGCCUUCGAGGUCGACGGCGUGGCUGCGAGGCCGGACGAGAAGAUCUGGCCCAUGUGCGCGAGCCUCCCGAUGGGCUUCUCGUGGUCGUUGCACUUUGCCCAGACUGCGAACGCCCAGCGCCUGGGUCGCCAGCCCGCGCUGCGGCAGAGCCAGGAGCUCUCGGACCGGGCCCCCCCCCUGGUCCUCGGCGGGCCAUCCGCCUCGGCAGGGUCAGGCCACUACAUGUGCGUCGACGACGCUGGCGUGCUCUCCUUCGACGGCGACCUGGCGGGCCGCGCUCUGGCGGAGGCCCAGAGGGACUUCGACGCCGACGCGUUGCGCUUCCACGAGAUGGAGGUUUUCGACCGCGGCGGGCCCUCCCUGGGCUGGCAUCUCGACGGCGACGCCCGAGUCGCCCGGCCCAGUGACAAGCGUUUCGCUCUGGUGCGCCGUGGCGUCCGGGCGCUGCUUCGGCUGAGGAAGGUCUCUGGCUGGCAGGUCGAGGCCGUCCUCGGACACGUCACUUUCCUGUGUCUGAUGCGUCGGGAGCUCCUCUCGAUCUUCCACGCGCACGCCUUCGAGGUCGCCGGCUUCAAGGUGGACCCUGAGAGCGGCGACGUGGAGCGCGAUUUCCUCGGCCGGCCCGCGCGGCUCGACAGAGAGGCGAGGGGGAUCCUGGAGGCGGCGCGGUGGGAGCACAAUGAGGAUUUUGCUGAGGUGCCCAGCCGCCUCCUUGCCGGCGACCGCUGGCACGCUAUUCUUGCUGAUCGUUGGCUGCGCGCCGACGACAUUUUGCGCCUUGAGGCCAGAGCGGCGGUCAAGGCCGACCCUGUUUCCGCGCCGAGCCUCAGCCAGACCGAUGCCGUGAGGGCCACGGAUGGACCGGCGCCGGCGGCUGCCGUCGGCCCCCGGCCGCCCUCCGGGCGGACGUCCGCCCGCGUCGUCGGCCCCUACGCGCAGUCGCUGAUUGACUGCAUCCCUGGUUCGGCCGAGCUCGGAGGGGCAGGCGACCCGCGUGCGCACCCUGACCCUGGAGCGGGGUCUGGCUGGCAGGAGCGGGGUCUGGCCAGCCGCCUGACGAUGUGCAGCCGUGCUCUGGAGCAGGGCCGGCCCGAGCGUCGAGUGGGCUCCGCUCCAGCGCAGACGACGGAGGCUUUCCUGGGGCAGGUGGCGGACGAGAUCCCCGACAGGUUGGCCAGGGCGCCAGGCCCGGCCGACCGAGGCGUCCCCGCGGACAUCGAGGGAGAGGACGGCAGCGAGAGCGACGAUUCCUCGGACCCCGAGGUGAUCUGGCUGGCCACGCGCGACAGGCCGCGCACCGCCGCGGCAUUUCGGCGCGCCGCGCGCGGGUUCCUAUCGCGGCUGCGUGUGGACACGUCCCAUCCCAAGGGCACGUGGCUGGUGCUCGAGGCAGUGGCUAGAAGCUCGCUAGUCGGCCGUCAAGCUGGCGUGGGCUACGUCGCUCAGUGGCAGAUGCGGUGUGCCUUCGUCGCGGCCUCCCUGCUCGGGGCCGCCACCCUCGGGUCUGCCAAGGACGAUGAGAAGAAGAUCGACGGCCCCGUCAUCGGGAUCGACUUGGGGACCACCUACUCGUGCGUGGGCAUCUACAAGAACGGCCGCGUCGAGAUAAUCCCCAACGACCAGGGAAACCGCAUCACCCCCUCCUACGUCGCGUUCACGGACGAGGAGCGCCUGAUCGGUGAGGCCGCCAAGAACCAGGCGACAAUCAACCCAUCACAGACGCUUUUCGACGUGAAGCGCUUGAUCGGGCGUCGCUUCAAGGAUUCCACGGUACAGAAGGACAUGAAGUUGCUGCCGUUCAAGAUCGUCGACAAGGGUGGGAAGCCUUUCAUCAAUGUGAAGGUGAAGGGAGAGGCCAAGGACCUGCAGCCGGAGGAGGUCUCCGCCAUGAUCCUGACGAAGAUGAAGGAGGUCAACCACGCAGUGGUCACCGUGCCGGCGUAUUUCAACGACGCGCAGAGGCAGUCCACGAAGGAUGCGGGCACCAUCUCUGGUAUGAACAUCCUCCGGAUCAUCAACGAGCCUACGGCAGCGGCCAUCGCGUACGGUCUGGACAAGAAGACCGAGAAGAACAUCCUCGUGUACGAUCUGGGCGGUGGCACCUUCGACGUCAGCUUGCUCACCAUUGACAAUGGCGUGUUCGAGGUGGUCGCCACCAGCGGCGACACGCACCUGGGCGGCGAGGACUUCGACCAGCGCGUCAUGGCGCACUUCGUCAAGAUCUUCCAGAAGAAGCAUGGCAAGGACAUGUCCAAGAACCAGAAGUCUAUCCAGAAGCUCCGCCGCGAAGUCGAGAAGACGAAACGUGCCCUGAGCUCCACGCAGCAGGCCCGCAUCGAGAUCGAGGGGCUCUUCGAAGGCGUGGACUUUUCCGAGACGCUUUCGCGCGCUCGCUUCGAGGAGAUCAACGCCGACCUGUUCAAGAACACCAUUGGCCCCGUCAAGCAGGUCUUGGAUGAUUCUGGCCUUAAGAAGAACCAGAUCGACGAGAUCGUGCUCGUCGGCGGCUCCACGCGCAUCCCGAAGGUGCAGCAGCUGAUCAAAGAGUUCUUCAACGGCAAGGAGCCGAACCGUGGUAUCAACCCGGACGAGGCGGUGGCCUACGGAGCCGCCGUGCAGGCUGGCAUCUUGAGCGGCGAGGGUGGCCAGGAUCUCCUGCUGCUCGACGUCACUCCUCUCACGCUGGGUAUCGAGACCGUUGGAGGCGUGAUGACCAAGCUGAUCGGCCGGAACACUGUCAUCCCGACCAAGAAGUCGCAGAUCUUCUCCACCUACCAG